AUGAAGGAACAUAAUAUAUGUAUGUUUCAGUUUCUAUUAGUUUGUUACGUGCAGUAUGUAGCGUGCGGUGAUCCGGAGUUGGUGGCGUAUUACAAUAGAACGGAUCCGGCUGCGCGACAACUAUGGGAAUUCAAAAAUACCCAUCCGGAACCCAUCGGAUUGCUCACAACGGGUUCCGGAAAACUCGUUGAUAUCAGAGAAACAGUGGCAAUAAAUUCUGAUCCGUUUUCGAACCUGUACAACGUGGACAUUAUCACGCAACUGAACGCCGAGAGAGUGCCAGAGAGAGUGGUGCACGCAAAAGGCACGGCAGCCUUUGGGUACUUUGAAGUGACCCACGAUGUCUCCAAGUACACCAAAGCCGACGUCUUUAACGGAAUCGGCAAGAAGACUCCACUGGUUGCACGAUUCUCGACCGUGCUGCAAAGCCUCGGAGGCGCCGAUGCCUCCAGAGAGAUGAAAGGCCUGGCCGUCAAGAUGUACACGAACGAAGGAAACCUGGAUUUCCUGUGUAUAAAUUUUCCUACAUACUUCUACAGAGAUGCGAACGACUUCCUCCAUUUCGUCCACUCCUUCAAACGGAACCCUAAAACUGAUCUUCCGGACUUCACGAGCGCGUUUGACUUCAUCACCAAACGACCGGAUUCGUUCCACGGCUUCCUGUGGUUCCUCUCCGACUUUGGCAUUCCAAACGGUUACCGGAAGAUGGACUCCUUCCCGGUACACACGUACGUCAUCAAUAACAAGAAGAGGGAGAGAUAUUUCGUCAGAUUCAGCUUCAGAUCCGAGCAGGGAGUAGAGAACUUGUCGUCGGAGGACGCGAGAGAGAUAUCGUCCCGUGACCCCAACUACUUCAACAGAGAUCUAUACAACGCCAUCGAGGAGAAGAAUUACCCUGCUUGGAGAUUAGAGAUGGACUUGAUGACGUACGAUCAAAUAAAGAAGGUGGAUUACAAUCCUUUCGAAGUCACCCGCAGCUGGAAAAAGGGCACCUACAAGACUGUGCCGAUUGGACGACUUGUCUUGGACAGAAAUCCGGACAACAACUUCGCAGUGUCAGAGCAGAGCACCUUCAGCCCCGCAAGACUGGUCCCUGGUAUUCCUGGCCCCAUAGACACCAUGUUCAGGACCCGACGACAGUCCUACCGUGAUGCCCAGUCCUACAGAAUGAGUAUCAACCACAACAAAAUCGAGGUGAACGCACCAAAGUAUUCCAAGAAUUAUUUGAGAGACGGAAAACCACCGGUGGGAGAAAACGGCAGGGACGCUCCGAAUUACUAUCCCAACUCCUUUAACGGGCCCAUUCCUUACGUGGACGCUGAUCUGCCAAAAGAGAGACUGUCGCUAUUGGAAUCGAACGCUGUCGAUCUGGAGCCAGCAGCUACAUUUUAUAAUGAUCUUCUGAACUGUCAGGAGAGAGAGCGGCUCGCUAAUAACAGCGCUCCGUUGUUGGCAGUAGUUCCGCCGUUCAUGCAGAGAAGGAUGUUGAAAUUGUUUACCUUGGUCGACGUGGACCUUGGGAGGAGAGUCACGGAGAGUUUGGAGAAGUUUUUGAGGACUCCGCCACCUCCUCCGCCUAAACCCUUGAUACCUUCGGAGAAAUAUUAUAAGCAGCAGCAGCAGACGAAGAAAAAAAAGUCGAGAAAUGAACAAAACAAGCCGACGGCAACGGAGGAAUGUUACAGACAUUAAAACGUUGAUCGUUUACAACAGUGUGUCUAUUUCCACUUGUUUUGUUUCUAUCUUCAGGCACUGAUUAAAUGUGAGUUCUUGCAGA